AUGUCUCCCUCCUUGCAACUUCUCUUUGUGCUGCUCCUCUUGCUCUUUCCCCUCUUUCUACUACUUUCAAGCCUCAAACAAGCCUCGUCAACCAAGACGAAGCUCCCACCUUCCCCACCCAGGCUUCCCUUCAUAGGAAACCUCCACCAGCUGGGGUCUCUCCCCCAUCGCUCUCUGCAAGCUCUCGCCGAGAAGCAUGGGCCGCUCAUGCUUCUCCGUCUUGGCCAGGUGCCGACCCUCGUGGUCUCAUCCGCAGAGAUGGCCCGAGAGAUCAUGAGAACUCACGAUCACACCUUCGCGAGCCGGCCUUCUCUAAAGACCGCUAACGACCUGCUUGGUGGAAGCACGGACAUAGUCUUUGCAUCAUACGGUGACUACUGGAGGCAAGCGAGGAAGCUUUGCACCCUCCACCUCCUGAGUGCUAAGAAAGUGCACUCGUUUCGGCUCGCAAGGGAAGAGGAAGUAGCCCUUAUGCUCAGGAAAAUUUCCCGAGCUUGCCUUUCACCUGAUCCUAUGGACUUGAGUGAGAUCUUGUUUUCUUUCGCUAACGAUAUGCUCUGUAGAGCCAUUACAGGGAAUUUCUUCAGGGAAGGUGGAAGAAGUGAUUUGUUUCGCCAACUGAUAGAAGAGAAUACCUAUCUUCUUACGGGGUUUCAUCUCGAAGACUUCUUCCCCUCGCUGGCAUGGUUGGAAGUGCUGUUCGGGUUGGGGGCCAGGGCCAAGAGAAACGCCGAGAGAUGGAAUCAAGUUUUUGAGGAGGUGAUCAAGGAUCAUGAUGAUCGUAUGAAGGAUGGAAACGUGGAGAACAACCUUGCGGACGUAUUGCUGUGUCUUCAGAAGGAUCCCAGCAUGGAGUUCUCUCUCACAGAAGAAAAUAUCAAGGCUAUCUUGAUGGAUAUGUUUGCUGCGGGUACCGAUACAACAUACAUAACCCUAGAAUGGGCCAUGGCUGAGCUUGCUCAGAACUCGGAAGUGAUGGCAAAAUUGCAAGAUGAGCUGAGAGGAAUAGCCAAAGAAAAAGGCCUAGUCAGAGAGGAGGAUUUGAGUGAAGCGAGCUACUUAAAAGCUGUGAUAAAGGAAGUUUUGCGAUUGCACCCUCCAGCUCCCUUGUUGGUUCCACGAGAGUCUUUGGAUGAUUGUCACAUACAGAGCUAUCAUAUUCCUAAAAGAACAAGAGUAAUUGUUAAUGGUUGGGCCAUCAAUAGAGAUCCAAAAUCUUGGGAGGCACCAAAGGAAUUCCGACCUGAGAGAUUCAUGGGUAAUCAGAUCGACUUCAAGGGGAAUGAUUUCCAAUUCAUUCCAUUCGGGGCUGGUCGGAGGAUUUGUCCCGGAAUGAACUUUGCAAUUUCUACUGUAGAACUUGCACUAGCAAAACUUGUCCAUCAUUUUGAUUGGAAGUUGCCUCAUGGCAUGAUGAGGGAGGAUCUAGAUAUGACUGAGGCUCCUGGACUCACAACCCCAAGAAAACAAAGGCUUCAAUUGGUGGCAAAACCAUGUGGCUACUAUGAAGGCUUGUGAAUGAUAAGUAGUUCCUUUACACAAUAAUGGAUGCUAGUUCCUUACUUUUUGAGAAAUUGUUCAUGUACAAUUGUUCAAAAACAAAAAAAAAAGAAAAAGAAAAGGAACUGGUUCUUGUAUAUCUAAAUGAUAAUAUGACCAUGUGAAAGCAGAUGGUAGUGCUACUUGCUGCUGCUGCUGCUAUUGUCUGUGUGUAUGUACUAUAUUUACUGUAAUGCAAGCAUGUCAAAAUAAA